AAAUCAACGAAAUACUCUUUAUUCGAACGACAACGGGAUCUCUUGUUCAGUAGAUCACCAGCCUUACUCCGACGUUUAUUACGAAUUUUCUCGGUGACUCGGUGACAACUACAAUACUGCGUGCGGUGCUGUAGAGAUUUUCGCUUGGGAGGAAAAUACAUAAAAAAUCUAUUUUAUUUUAAUCGCGAUUUCGAACGCGAAACGAUCGCCAUAUCAACUCUAAAUAUUUGAAAAUCUGACUAGCAAAAUGUCGUCAUCGCAAGCUGUCCGCUCCUCGAAAUACUCCUACCGGGCCACAUCCACUGGACCCGGUUCGGCCGAUGUCCAAAUCGACUACAUCCAGGACCUGAGCUCGCUCUCCCGCUUGGAGGACAAGAUCCGUUUGCUCCAAGAUGAUCUUGAAGUUGAACGUGAGCUGCGUCAAAGGAUCGAGCGCGAGAAAGCCGACCUCAGCGUUCAGGUCAUCCAGAUGUCCGAGCGUCUCGAGGAGGCCGAAGGUGGUGCUGAACAUCAAUUUGAAGCCAACCGCAAGCGCGAUGCUGAGCUGCUGAAGCUGCGCAAGCUGCUUGAGGAUGUUCAUCUUGAAUCCGAGGAGACCGCCACGCUUUUGAAGAAAAAGCACAACGAAAUUAUCACGGAUUUCCAGGAGCAACUUGAAAUCCUAACGAAAAACAAGGCUAGAGCCGAGAAGGACAAGGCCAAGUUCCAGGCCGAGGUCUACGAACUGCUUUCCCAGAUCGAGUCCUACAACAAGGAGAAGCUCGUCUCGGAGAAGCACAUCUCCAAGCUGGAGAUCUCGAUCACCGAGCUGAACGUGAAGAUCGAGGAGCUGAACCGCACCGUGAUCGACAUCAGCUCGCACCGGUCCCGUCUCUCGCAGGAGAACAUUGAGCUGACCAAGGACGUCCAAGAUCUGAAGGUCCAGCUGGACACGGUGUCGUUCUCCAAGAGCCAGGUGAUCUCCCAGCUGGAGGAUGCCCGCCGUCGCUUGGAGGACGAGGACCGUCGUCGCUCGCUGCUCGAGUCCUCGCUGCAUCAGGUUGAGAUCGAACUGGACUCAGUUCGCAAUCAACUCGAGGAGGAGUCGGAGGCCCGCAUCGACUUGGAACGUCAGUUGGUCAAGGCCAAUGCUGACGCCACCUCCUGGCAGAACAAGUGGAACGCCGAGGUGGCGGCCCGCGCCGAAGAGGUUGAGGAGAUCCGUCGCAAGUACCAGGUUCGCAUCACCGAGCUGGAGGAGCACAUCGAGUCCCUCAUCGUCAAGGUCAACAACCUGGAGAAGACCAAGACCCGCCUUGCCAGCGAAGUUGAGGUCCUCAUCAUCGAUCUGGAGAAGUCGAACAACAGCUGCCGGGAGCUGACCAAGUCUGUCAACACCCUCGAGAAGCACAACGUCGAGCUGAAGAGCCGUCUGGAUGAGACCAUCGUCCUGUACGAGACCAGCCAGCGCGAUCUGAAGAACAAGCAGGCCGAUCUCGUCCGCACCGUCCACGAACUGGACAAGGUCAAGGAUUCCAACAACCAGCUUGCCCGCGAGAACAAGAAGUUGGGAGAUGAUCUGCAUGACGCCAAGGGCGCCAUCAACGAACUGAACCGCCGUCUGCACGAACUGGAGCUGGAGCUGCGUCGUCUGGAGAACGAGCGUGAUGAGCUGACCGCCGCCUACAAGGAGGCUGAGGCUGGCCGCAAGGCUGAGGAGCAGCGUGGACAGCGUCUGGCUGCUGACUUCAACCAGUACCGCCACGACGCCGAGCGUCGUCUGGCCGAAAAGGAUGAGGAGAUUGAGGCCAUCCGCAAGCAGACCUCCAUUGAGAUCGAGCAGCUCAAUGCCCGCGUCAUUGAGGCGGAGACCCGGCUGAAGACCGAGGUGACCCGCAUCAAGAAGAAGCUGCAGAUCCAGAUCACCGAGCUGGAGAUGUCCCUGGAUGUCGCCAACAAGACCAACAUCGAUCUCCAGAAGGUGAUCAAGAAGCAGUCGCUCCAGCUGACCGAACUGCAGGCCCACUACGAGGAUGUUCAGCGCCAGCUGCAGGCCACUCUGGACCAGUACGGCAUUGCCCAGCGCCGUCUGGCCGGACUCAACGGAGAACUGGAGGAGGUCCGCUCCCACCUGGACAGCGCCAACCGUGCCAAGCGCACCGUCGAGCUGCAGUACGAGGAGGCCACCACUCGCAUCAACGAACUGAGCACCGCCAACGUCAACCUGGUCUCCAUCAAGUCCAAGUUGGAGCAGGAACUGAGCGUUGUGGCCUCCGACUACGAGGAGGUGUCCAAGGAGCUGCGCAUCAGCGACGAGCGCUACCAGAAGGUCACUGUGGAGCUGAAGCACGUCGUCGAGCAGGUGCAUGAGGAGCAGGAGCGCAUUGUCAAGCUGGAGACCAUCAAGAAGUCUUUGGAAGUCGAAGUCAAGAACUUGUCCAUCCGCUUGGAGGAGGUCGAGCUGAACGCCGUUGCCGGCAGCAAGCGCAUCAUUAGCAAGCUGGAGGCCCGCAUCCGUGAUCUGGAACUGGAGCUGGAGGAGGAGAAGCGCCGCCACGCCGAGACAAUCAAGAUCCUGCGCAAGAAGGAGCGCACCGUCAAGGAGGUGAUGGUCCAGUGCGAGGAGGACCAGAAGAACAUCAUCCUGCUGCAGGAUGCCCUGGACAAGACCACUGCCAAGAUCAACAUCUACCGUCGCCAGCUGUCCGAGCAGGAGGGCGUCUCCCAGCAGACCACCACCCGUGUGCGUCGUUUCCAGCGCGAACUGGAGGCUGCCGAGGAUCGUGCCGAUGUGGCCGAGUCCAACUUGAACCUCAUCCGCGCCAAGCACCGCACCUUCGUCACCACCUCGACCGUUCCCGGAUCCCAGGUGUACAUCCAGGAGACCACAAGGACGAUCACCGAAUAGAGGGCGCUGGAUUCAUAGCCGCACCGAUAACCCUAUUCGAUAAUUGAAUUUAAUACCACGAGAGUCCCCGAAGAUCACGACUUUCGAAGAUUUUUGCAAAACAUCAUAAGAAAAAAAAACAAGCGAAAAUGCGUGAAAAACUUUUUAUAAUUUAAAUUUUUUUGUCAUCGCCGAAUGCCGGUUUGGUAGCGCCAUCAAGACCCCCAGUGAAUAGAUCGGCAUUGGGCUCCGUAUAGGCUACACACUAUAAAUACAUAACACUACACAUCCUAUCUAUAUAAUAAUAAUACUAUUUUGAAGUUCAUGUAAUUUAAUUAAAAUAAUGAACCUGAAAACCUAAAAAACAAAUAAAAACAAAUCAACAAAAACUUGGCAGAGUUUUGUUAGCGAUACAGAGAGAAAACGAGAGUUGGCUGAAUAAUAACAUUAAACUUUAUACUUAAAUCUUUAAAAACCAUUUAAUAAUCUGAAGAAACACGAUAUGGAAAUUAUGAAACCCACUAAGCAAGUCGAGUUAACCGAGUUACAACCGCUUCUACUAUUUGUUUUUAGUUCACUUUAUGUUUAGUAGGUAAAUUUCUGUGUGCUCGUACCGAAUUUCGAAUUUUACAUUAAAAGAUAAAUCACAUCAACAUGAAA